UUUGGAAGGAUUUCUAAGGGUCACUUAGACGGCUAUAACUGUGCAGUGGCUAAAAGCAGUGGAUAGAAGGAAAUAUAUCUGCAACAUUUUGCAGUUCUUAUCCUUCUCUAGACCACAAAGGAAAAGAGAACACCGAUCCACAUCCAUGAAUUGUUUGUUACUCGCUGUGAAUAAUCCCACCAAGCUCAAUAAAUUAAAGCUCAAACUAGUCAAAUUCGCCUCCACUGCAAUUGCUCAACUAAACUCAUGUUUUUUUUCACACAGUGAUGAUGAACAAACUACCACCUCCUUCAACACAACUUUAAAUGUUCAAUGUAAACCAUCAAAGGUGGUCCAAGUCCUAGAAAGUCUCCGAAGGGAGCCCAACAUUGCCUUUUCCUUUUUUCGGGAAUUGGAGGAAUGGGGAUUUCAACAUAACAUCUCUACUUACACAGCUCUUAUUAGGAUAUUGUGCUCUUGGGGUUUGAGGAGAAAGCUUGAAACUCUGUUUUUGAAUCUCAUUGGAUCCAAAAAAAUGGAAUUUCAUGUCUUAGAUUUGCUUGAAUCACUUAAUCAAGGGUGUGUGGUGGAUGCCUCAUUUAUUCGAGCAUAUGAUGCCUUAAUCAAGGCUUAUGUCAGUGUUAACUUGUUUGAUAGCGUUGUGGAUUACUCUUCCGAUUAGGAAGGAAGGGAUUUGUUCCACAUAUUUUUACUUGUAAUUAUCUCUUGAACCGGCUUAUCGAGCAUGGGAAAAUGAAUAUGGCUCUAGUUGUGUACAAGCAGUUGAAGAGGUUUGGUUGCCAACCUAAUGAUUACACUUACGCUACUGUAAUAAAAGCGCUUUGUAAAAUAGGUAACAUGGAAGAAGCUAUAGACAUUUUUGAGGAGAUGAGUGGAUAUGGGAUGGUUCCUAAUGCCUUUGCUUGUGCUGCAUAUAUUGAAGCGUUGAGCACCCACGAUUGUUCGACUUCAGGGUAUCAGUUGCUACAAGCAUGGAGAGCAGAACGAUUCCCAAUAGAUGCGUAUGCUUACUCUGUAGUCAUUCGUGGGUUUUGUGAUGAGAUGAAAAUAGAUGAGGCAGAAUCUGUCUUUCUUAAUAUGGAAAAUUAUGGAGUAGUUCCAGAUGCACAAACUUAUAGUGUGUUGAUCGAUGGUUAUUGCAAGAAGUUGUAUUUGCAAAAAGCUUUGUCUCUUCACAGUCUCAUGUUGUCAAAAGGUAUAAAAUCAAAUUGCGUGAUUGUCAGCUUUAUCCUUCAAUGCUUCCUUAGGAUGCAAAUGUAUUCAGAAGUAGUGAACCAAUUUAAAGUAUUUCAGGAAAAGGGGCUAUUUUUGGACAAGGUUGUAUACAAUAUUGUUGUUCAUGCCCUGUGUGAACUAGGGAAAUUGGAGGAAGCUAUUGGGUUGUUAGAAGAAAUGACAAGUAGACAGAUCGAGAUGGAUGUCAUACAUUAUACAACAAUGAUUAAAGGUCUUUUUGCUCGAGGAAAAAUUCAUGAAGCAAUGAUGAUGUUUGAAAAUUUGAAGAAAAAUGGUGUUGAGCCUGACUCCAUCACUUAUAAUGUGCUCGUUGCUGGAUUAUCUAGAAACGAUCUUGUAUCUAAGGUCCAAGAGCUUCUAAACUAUAUGGAGGAACAUGGUUUGAGAGAAGACCCUAAGAUGCCCAACCUGGUAAUUGAAAAUUUAUGCAUAGGAGGAAAAGUGAAAGAAGCAACUGAAUUUUUCAAUAGUUUAGAAGUAAAGACGGUAGAUAACUACGCUGCCAUGAUUAAUGGGUAUUGUGCAGCCAACGCUACGAAAUCUGCUUAUAAACUUUUUGUUAAUAUGUCCAAGGAAGGAGAUUUUAUUAAAAGUUCUCUCGUUAGGCUAGUUAGCAGGCUUUGCAUGGAAAAUUCCAGCUUUAGAGCUAUUGAGGUGAUGAAACAACUUCCAGUUAUGAAUGUGGAGGCUAAAGAAUUUGUGUACAAUAAAGUCAUAGCUUCCUUAUGCCAGUUUUGCUUGAUGGUGGAUUUAAAACCAGAGUAUACAAAAGUGCUCCUCAGUAGAAUUAGCUUUGACGUCUUCAAUUUUUAAUGAAAUGAAGGACAUGAUCACUCCAGACGUUGUUUACUACACUGUAGUGAUUGAUGGGUAUUGUAAAAUGAACAACCUUAAUGCUGCUUUUGUCCUCUUUGAGGAAAUGGUUGAUCAAGGAAUAGAGGCUGAUGCAGUGACUUAUACUGCCCUACUGUCCGGCUGUUGUAGAAAUGGAGAUAAGGAGAAGGCUCAAACCCUCUGUCCUGAAAUGACGUCUAAGGGAAUUCUUCCUCCUGAAAAUUUCUCAUAUCUGUUGCAACACGAUACUUUAGCAACCAAGAAAAUUUAACUUUGCAAGUUCUUUACUGAAUAACAGUCUUGGAUUCUCCACAACUGAAAUCUACUUGAGCAAUAUAGUCACCUCUGCUUUGACUUGAUGAUGAAAUAGUCAAGUGUGUGGAGUUGCUGCAGUAAUGCGGUUGGAAAUUAAAAUAUAUGAUAUCCAGUUUCUGUGAAGGGAAGUCAGUCUCCUCUGUUGCAAACAUGGUGCAGAUGUUAUCCAGAGCUAUACUUAUGGUAUUGAGGAUGAGGAUGAGGAUGAGGAUGAGGACGAGGACGAGGACGAGGACGAGGACGAGGACGAGGACGAGGACGAAGGUGAAGGUGUGUAAGUAACCCAAAUGAAAGAGUGGCAUCGGGUUCAAAGAAGCCAAGGCAAAAAGCCAAGCCAAGCCAAUGGAUGUAUAUUUUACACCUAACCUGGAAGUUGUGGUUCAUAAUCGAAAGAAUGACAAAUAAAGGGGAAACAAAACACAAUGAACGAAGCAUCCAAAAGGAGACGAGUGAGCAAAUCAUCUAAAGAAUUGCUCGUUGGUUUUAUGGUGUUGGAGUGCCUCUAAAUGCUUGCACAUACGAUAGCUUUGCCCCUUAGAAUGAGGCAAUAAGACAAUUCGAUCCUGGAUUGGAACACCAUUGUAUCUAAAUCCAUAAUUCUAUUACUCAAAUCCAAAUAUUUGAGCCGUUGAUGAAAUUGUCAAUGGGUUGUAUAUCUGUAUAAUAAAGAUGGUUGCUUCCUUAGACAUUCAAGAUAAGACACUUGGAGAGCUAACCAAAUACAAGAAAGCUUAAGGACUAUUUGAACGGUCUUUAGCAAUUAGAUA